GUGGAGAAAAUGAACAGUCAACAGACAUUAUCAGUGUUUGGGAAGGAGACUCCAUCAGCAUAACCUGCUCCAUGAAAGGUUCAGAAAAUGAAGUGGGAAUGUACUUGGAAACUAGCAUGCAGCCGGCCAAUGUGAUAUAUGUGUCCAAGCACAAUACUUCAUAUAUCCUUCCUGCUUUGGCUAAUCGCAUCAGGUAUUCAAAGGAAGGAAGGAAUCUCAGGAUAACUCUGCACAAUGUACAGCAAUCUGAUUCCAAUAUCUACCUAUGCACUAAGUAUAUUAAAAACAAGGGCCAUCACAAAAAGCUGAACGGGAAGACAACCAUAGUAGUGGUGAAAGCAAAAAACAGUGGAGUUGUUGAACAGUCACCACUCUAUGUCAACCCUCAGCAAGGCCAGUCUAUCAUCAUUACCUGUGCACUGAAAAGCUCCCGUGAAGACGAAGGGAUCUUCUUGCUCAAGACUCACAUGCAACCUGAGAGAGUGUUGUACGUUUCAAGUCAGAAUGCUUCAACUAUUUUUCCUGCUUUUGCUAAUCGCUUGGAGUAUUCAAAGCAAGAAAAGAAAAUAGUGGUAACUCUACACAACCUACAGAAAAACGACAGUGAUAUAUAUGUAUGUGCUGGGGUGCUGAAAAAUUCCUCUUUCCUCUCGGUGAAUAGCAGUGGCACCAUGAUGCUGAUUAGAGAACUGGAGCAGACAGCCUGCAGUAAGAGUUCCUGGGGCAUCUAUGGUCUUACCGUCGUGGCAGCGCUACUGUUUUCUGUGCUGGUGUGCUGCGCCUUGUAUCACAUCGAUAUGAAGAAAUAUUUCCAGAAAAGAAAACUAAAUGCAGUCUACGAAGAUAUGUCUUACAGUUCUCGACAUAACACCUUGAUCAGAACCAACACUUACUCCAUCGGCAAUUAA